AUGGCCGGUAAAUCCGGAAAUGGAGAUGACCGCCGAAAAGGAAUGUUUUUCUUUUCCCUUACCGCCAUGCAGACCACGCAGGAGGACGGCCGCCUGCGGCUCCUACCGUGGAAGAGAGGAAGGCCGGAGAGAGGCGUGCCUCGAGGGGCAGGGACAGCGCGUGGAGGCGCCCUGAAAAAAGGCAGCGAGGAAGGCCUCCAUAUUCGUUCCGGCGAGCAAGCGGGCGCGGAGCACGAGAGGUUGGGGAUGAGAAGCACCACUGCACCAGGCAGCAGGCACCAGCUGCGGAUAAAAGAGACUGCAACACGGCUGGCAUGUUCAGUUGUUCUAUUGGGUUGCUCUGCCUCGUCAAGAUUCGUGCAAAGUGGUCUUGCAUCGGACGGCCCAUGGACCAUUAGUAAACCUAAGAAUAAUUUUCAAUUUUGA